CUGUAUGCAUAGUUCAUCAGUUUCGAAUUCGACUGAAGUUAUUUCUGUAAUAAACGUUAAAUUUACCAAAAAAUGGCUCGUACAAAGCAAACUGCGAGAAAGUCAACCGGUGGAAAGGCACCAAGGAAACAGUUAGCAACUAAAGCAGCACGAAAGAGCGCUCCAUCGACUGGCGGAGUGAAAAAACCACAUCGUUACAGGCCGGGAACCGUCGCUCUUCGUGAGAUUCGUCGUUACCAGAAGUCAACCGAAUUGUUGAUCAGAAAACUACCGUUUCAGCGUCUUGUUCGUGAAAUCGCUCAGGACUUUAAAACAGAUCUUCGCUUCCAAAGUGCUGCCAUUGGAGCUCUUCAAGAAGCAGCAGAAGCAUACCUUGUUGGUUUAUUUGAAGAUACAAAUCUUUGUGCCAUUCAUGCCAAGCGAGUCACCAUUAUGCCAAAAGAUAUUCAACUCGCAAGACGAAUCCGCGGAGAACGUGCUUAGAACUAUGGACAUACACUAGAGACUUGUUUUUAGAGUAGCUGACUUAUCUUAAACUGAACUAUUUAGACGUAAACUGGAGCAAAUUUGUAUAUCAAAACACUGAAAAGAGCGCCAAAAUGGAACAAAUGGCCGUUUCUCUACUAUCGACGAUUUUUCUACUAUUUUUCGCUUGUACUUAUUCAUUCGGCCUUCUAAACUAAAUUAGUCGAUGGGUCUCGCUUAAUUUAAUGUCAAGAACUGUAAUAAUAUGACUUAUGUGUCAUGUGUGUGAAUUCUCCAUAUUUCAGAGUGUUUUUUUUUCUGUAGCGUAAUGUUCAAGAUGGCGUCGCCCUUGCCUUUUGUUCAUCGGCGUUAGGACGCCUAAAUCUGAAGAUGAAUGUUUAAUUUGUAAGCGCUCGAUGUAUUUCUAUUCUACUAGUACCUUUCUGUUCUAUAGGCUAGUUUUUAUUUCUUUCAAUAAUAGCAUGUAAUUUAGUUUUGAUCAAACCUACAACUACUUGGUUGUGGAGAAAAUAACUUAUGUUCAGAAUCAAAAAGCUUACGAUUUAUUAGAUCCAUGAAUGUGUAUAGCCAUGUGUAACUAUAAAACACUACAAAUGUAUCAUAUUUAACGUGUAUACACGCAUUUUUUAAUCAUUAAAAGGAGGUUUGUACCUCGGUUUUAAAACUA